AUGUCUAAAACAUAUGCUUUCGAUCCAACCAAAGAUAUCCCUUCACUCGAUGGAAAGGUGAUACUCAUAACCGGCGCAAACACCGGCCUCGGUAAAGCCACUGCCAUUGAACUGGCCAAGCACUCUCCUGCUCAUGUCUACAUCACCUCUCGCAACUCCGCCAAGGGAACUGCUGCACUUGAGGAAGUCAAGAAAACAGCUAGUAAAAGCACAAAGAUCUCUCUGUUGGAGCUUGAUCUAUCCAGCUUCGAAAGCAUCAAGUCUGCAGCCGCUGAGUUCCUCAAACGGGAGGACAGACUCGACGUCCUCUUGCUGAACGCCGGAGUCAUGGGCGUUCCACCAACCCUUACCAAAGAUGGUUAUGAGAUGCACAUGGGAAUCAACCACCUCGGGCAUGCUCUGCUCCUCAAACUUCUCAAACCAGUCCUUGACAAGACUCCCGGUGCUCGUGCUGUGCAUCUCAGCUCUGCUGGAUUCCGUCACGUCGGUCCAGCAGGCAUUGAGUUCGAUACCUUGAAGUCAGCCAAAAGCGACACGGCUUUGCCUUUCCGAUACGCCCAGAGUAAACUCGCUUGUCUUCUUUACGCUAGAGAAGCAUCCAAGCGAUAUCCUAAUUUCAAGAACAUUGCCAUCAAUCCCGGCGAAGUUCAGACAGAGCUCUUCACUCGUGAGCCUGGAGAUGACUUGAUGAAGCACCUACAACAGAAUGUGGCUACGAAAGUCGCUAUUCCCAUCUCAGAACGGGUCAAGAAUCAUCUUUGGGUUACUACGGCUCCAGAUAUUGAGAACGGUGAGUUUUAUGAACCUGUCGGAAAGACUGGUGGGUUGGAGGGGCAUGGCUUGGAUGAUGAGAUGGCCAAGAAGCUUUGGGAUUGGACGGAGGAGCAGCUGAAAGAUCAGGGCUUGUAA